CACAGAGCGCCGGAUAGAGCGGAGGCGGGCGCGAGUAAGAAAAUUAUAAGGUCAUUGGAAUUACCAGCGCUACAAGCCAUCGUUACAAUGAAGCGAUAACAUAUAAGAAUGAAACAAUGAAAUAAACCGGAGCAGAGUCUACCAAAGACGCCGCAGUUACUAGGUAAAAGGCAGGCGUGCGGCCGUUACACGCCGGUGCGCGUGAAUCCGCGCAGGUAAACGGCGGAGGUUUCGCUUAAGCCGAUCAAGGUGGGAUCGUACGGGACAGGUUCCCCUUCUGCUAUAAAAUACACGUUAUUGUGACCACGGACACCGAAACCGAGGAUGUUGCGGUUGGCGUGCUCCACGGCCCUUCUCUUCACGCUCAGGAUGUGCGUUGGACUCUCCUGGUUCCAGGUUCUGCCGUCCAUUUUUAUUUUCUUCCUGGGUUCUGGUGGAUGGAAGUCCUUGCAUGUGUUUUCAAAGACCAUAUACCGUGAUUUGCAUGCAGCCAGUGUGUUGCUGAGGGUAAAACUCAAUGUCAAAAAGCACCUUCGUGAGCGCAACACCGUUCCCAAACUCUUCGCCAAGUCUGUCAAGAAAUAUGGAGACAAGGCGGCUCUGAUUUUUGAAGGAACGGGCGAGAAAUGGAGCUUCAAGGAGCUUGACGAGUACUCCAACCGCGUGGCUAACCUUCUGCUCCAGAGGGGCUUCACGGAGGGCGACGUGAUCGCUCUGUUCAUGGAGAACCGCUCUCAGUAUGUGGGGCUCUGGCUGGGCAUGGCAAAGAUCGGAGUGGAGGCAGCUCUCAUCAACUUCAACCUGAGACUGGAGGCUCUGGUGCACUGUGUCAACAUCUCCAACGCCAAAGCCGUGGUGUUCGGCAGUGAGCUGACUGAUGCGAUGUGUGAGGUGCACAGCUCCAUGGGAAAGACUGUGAAGCUCCUCUGCUCUGGAGAAUGGGACCCUAAACGGGUUCCUGAAGGGACGGAGCAUCUGGAGCCGCUGCUGGAGACGACCUCUACAAACCAGCCCAGACAACCAGACCGCAGCUUCACAGAUCGGCUCUUUUACAUUUACACGUCGGGGACCACUGGAAUGCCCAAAGCUGCUAUUGUUGUACACAGUCGGUAUUACCGCAUGGCUGCCUUGGUGAACUACGGUUUCAGAAUGAGGUCUGAGGAUGUGCUUUAUGACUGUUUACCACUUUACCACUCAGCCGGUAACAUCGUGGGAGUCGGACAGUGUCUGAUCCAUGGAAUGACUGUGGUGAUCAGGAAGAAGUUCAGCGCUUCAAAGUUCUGGGAUGACUGCAUCAAAUACAACUGCACAAUCGUGCAGUACAUUGGCGAGAUCUGCCGCUAUCUGCUGAAUCAGCCGAAGAAGGACACCGAGCACCAACACAAGGUGCGCAUGGCCCUCGGGAACGGCCUGCGUCAGUCCAUCUGGGAGGAGUUCACCAGCCGCUUCAACGUCCCACAGAUCGCAGAGUUCUACGGCGCCACCGAGUGCAACUGCAGCCUGGGCAACUUCGACAACAAGACGGGCGCCUGUGGAUUCAACAGCCGGAUCCUGCCCUAUGUUUACCCCAUCCGCUUAGUCAAGGUGAAUGAGGAGACCAUGGAGCUCAUCAGAGGACCGGAUGGAGUCUGUAUCCCGUGUGGUCCAGGAGAACCUGGUCAGUUGGUUGGCCGAAUCAUUCAAAACGACCCUCUCAGGCGAUUUGACGGCUACGUCAAUCAGUCGGCCACUAAUAAAAAGAUCGCUCACGAUGUCUUCAAGAAAGGAGAUAGUGCCUAUCUCUCAGGGGACGUGCUGGUGAUGGACGACUACGGCUACAUGUACUUCAGAGACCGCACAGGAGACACGUUCCGCUGGAAAGGAGAGAACGUCUCCACCACAGAGAUGGAGGGAACGCUGAGCCGCCUGCUGGACAUGAAAGAUGUGGUGGUGUAUGGAGUGGAGGUGCCAGGUGCUGAAGGCAAGGCAGGGAUGGCAGCCAUAGCAGACCCGGAGCACACCACAGACCUGGUCAAGUUUAGCCGGGACCUGGAGAAGGCCCUGCCGCCCUAUGCCCGGCCUGUCUUUCUGCGCUUCUUACCAGAAGUGAACAAAACAGGGACUUUCAAAUUCCAGAAGACAGACAUGCGACGGGAGGGAUUCGAUCCCAACGUCGUCUCUGACAAACUCUACUUCCUGGACUGCACUAAGGGACAGUAUGUGGAGCUGAAUGUGGAGCUCCAUCGCAGCAUCGUCUCAGGAAAACAGAAAUUAUGAGACUACUGCCAACCUCCACCCGUUCCCUCAUCACAUCCCUCAUCGCUUCAGCAGCCCUCAAACCCCGCCCCCUCAUCACUCCGCCCUUCAUUACCUCAGCAAACACAGCGAGGGGCCGCAGGAACACAUUCUGGUUGUGUAUUAUUCAAAUCCCCGUCGAUUCAUUCUCACAGCCCACCCUUAAGACGGGACUGAGGUGGCAUUCAGCCAGGCAGCCAUCCCGAAAAACAAACAAAAAAUACUAAAAAAUUUAGCAAUUUAGCAAACAAGAAUACAAAAAACAAACAGGAGGAAAAGGCACAAGGACCAAAAACAGGUCUGUCAAAUGGUAAAGCUUUCCCUUUGCCUCGGCUGCACAAUGCUCGCCUGCCUACAGGAUUCGAGACUGACACAUGUUCAUUUUGACGGUUUUGACAAGUGACUGCCCUCAUGAAUGCGCCCUCAAGCCCUGACCAAAACCACAAGGAUCGACGUGCAAUACAAACACAGCACUGGCUGUGCAAUUGCCAGCUGCCAUGCUGUUUAUUUAACAUGCACCAAAUAUAUUUAAGUUGUAGAAUAGUUCAUCAUCUAUAUACAAGUCAUGCUGCGUCGAAGACUGCACUGCUACUGUGUCCAUUGUACCACUCCAGACUUUUAGUAUGCAGCGUCAGCAUGGAAGCAGAUCAGCCCGGUGUGACAUUGUGCAGACUGGGCUUCAUGGGUUUGCUUCGUUUUGCUAGACGUGAAGACCGUUAAGUUCCCAGCGAGGACUCUCUACAGGACACUCUAGCGGAGUCUGCAUGGAGGCGAAUGAAAGUAGUGUAAUUCUCUGGUGCUAAAGAACGAACAUCCUGUCUGUCUGCAUCGUGGCGCCAGACUUAAAAGGGAAAAGGGUGGAAGCAGAGGAGAAGGAAGGGAAAGCGAUAUAGGCUAUUUGUUCUCCACGUUCUAGUUUUUCUUUCAGCAGCAUGAAUGAUUGACGCAAACAGAGCACUGUGCCUUACUGUCAGGUCAGAAGAUAGUGUUUUGCCCUCGUCCUGCAUCAUUACACUAACUGACCCUAGACGUCCUUUCUAUGUCUUUUAGACAGCUAGCUUGUUUUCUAGACCUAGCUUGUACUCCCUUCCCAUCAUGCAAAGUGUCCAGCACUACAUCUAUGGGCAUCCUUUCCGUUUCAUGUGUAUUUUGCUCGAUCUCCUUUUGCGAACCUUCAUGUUCUCUCUAGUCCACUGACAGCUGAUUAUUUAUUUAUAUAUCGUAGCAAGAAUUGAAGUGUGUGUGCACGUGUGACGAGACCAUUUUGUGCGGCAGCACUUGAAUUUCUCCACGUCACUGUUUUGGCCACUAUAUAUUAACGUACAGCACAGAUGUGGGAAAAGUGUUUUGACCUUAUUGAGGUGAAUUUCUCCAGAAACAUGUAUGGGUCAUGCAUCAACACAUUGUAAAAAUGUAUAGCCUAGAAAAUAAUGAAGCCUAUUUUAAGAUUUUUUGCCAUUUAUUUUCAUUAAAAUAUAAUGCCCCCACGCAGAUUAUCUCAUUCUCAUUACCGUAGUGACAAAAUUCAAA